AUGACAAAUAACAAUUCAUAUACAAAUACAGAACACUCUACAUGGAAUCCAAUAAUCCAUAUUGAUAAAUAUCGUAUUAUUGAUGAUCAACAAAUUCCAGAUUAUGAAAAUAUAUUCAUGGCAGCUUAUUUAAUUGGACAAGAAAAUUAUUUCGAGAAAUUAUCAUCUCCAUCAAACUAUGAAUUAUUAGAUACUACUAAUGAUAAUAGUAGUAAUAAUAAAGAUUCUUCUAAUGUGGAUACACUAAUUGGACAAUUUCAAUCCAAGUCCAAUAAUAAUAAUAAUAAUAAUAAUAAUAAUAAUAAUAAUAAUGGUAAUCAUCUCCAAUUAAUCAAUAAUAGUCAUUUGACCUUAGCAACUAUUUGGGAACGUUAUUUAUUACUUAAUAAUAUCCGUAAACGUUUAUUAUAUAAAAAACAAAAUAUGACCAAUCAAGAUAAUAAUUUGAAUGAAUCAAAAUUAAUUCUAAAUAAUAAACAAGAGAAAAUUUCUAUUUUAUAUCCAACAAAUAAAACCAGUAAUAAUCAUCAUAAUAAUGAAACAUUGAAAAUUGAUUCAUUAAAGAAAUGUAAACAAUCAGAACUGAUAUUUAAUGAAUUAUCAUUGGAUAGAUAUACACAGAAAUGUGUUGAAGGGUUACAACGUAUUGAUUUAAAAUGUGAAAAACUUGAAUAUAUGAUGAAAUCAAUGAAAGAUACUCUUACCUUACAAAUGAUUACUUAUCAGAACCAUAAAAAAAAACUUGACAAUGAAAUUAUGAAAAAGUGUAAAAAUUUUCCAGUGAAGGAGUUUAGAGAUAUUUCAAAAGAAAAUACAUUAUCUUCGGAUAUAACAAAGCAAUUCACAAAUUCAUUGAAAACAAUCAUGGGACGUAAACGAUAUUUUCAAAUUAUUAAAACUUCUCAUUUGGAGAAUCUUUACAAUCAAAUGAAUGUAAGCCAAUGUUUAGCUCAAACUACUUUCAAACAAUGGAAAAAGCUUAAAGAAGAAAAACAUCAAAUACAACUACACUCAGAAUGUAUUCGUUUAAAUAAGGCCAAUAAAAUGCAUCAUAACUUAUGGAAAUAUGAUAUACCUGAUAUAUUGAAGAGAAUUGAACUUGAAAUAAAUGACUUUGAGAAUGCUAUGAAAAAUAUUGAUAAAAGAUUAAAAACUGAUAGUGGAAAUUUCAAAAUAACAGAUAUUUUAGAAAUAUUUACCGGUUGGUAUUUAGAUAUCAAUUUAUUUAUUGUAUUGGCUGCUUUAGCUGAAAGAUUUGACGGUUUAGAAUCCAUCCUUGGCAAUAAUGUGCAUAAAAUUGGUACACAGUCAUUGUGUUUGAAAAUAAGGAAAGCAAGAGAAUUAUUCAUAUUAAUCGGUGGAUUAGAUAGAAAACAAUAUUUUCAACUAUCUUAUAUUUUUCAACCAAUUAUCAAAUUAAAUAGUGAUAAAGUAACCAAUGAUACAACCAUAAGUAAUAGGGAUCUAUCUUCAAUUGAUUCUUAUCAUAAACCAUUCGGACAUAUUGAAAUGAAAGAUUUAAUGGUCUUCUUUCAUGCUGCUAAUCUAUCACAAAUUCAUGUACAAGAAUUGAUUACAUAUUUAGAUAAUAAAAACAAUGGUACCAUUGAUUUUGUUACAUUUUUAGAAUAUCUUCCUUUAUUUGUUGAAUCACAUCAACAUAUUAUAUAUAAUCCAUAUUUAAAUAAAAAUAUAUGA